CCCUCCCCCCGCUUACUACGCUUUUGUAUCAUACGCUGCUCACCGUAACGACGUUCCGGCGACGAUCUGCGAUCAAAAGUGCUCGUGCUACCGUGAUCCUUUUCCAUGACUCUUUUCGCCCAGUUAUAUAAUCCAUCAUGUUUUGGCGUUUCGGAGGAUAUGCAAGUAUCUCCACCAUCGAUACCCUACUAGACAAGCCCGAUGUCACCCUUGAGGAGCUGCUGGAUGAGUCUGAGCUCAUCCAAGAGCUCAAACAAAAUAAUACGAAGCUCAUAGAAUUCUUACGAGAAGAUAAUGUCUUAAAACGGCUGAUGGAUUACGUUACCGCACCUAGUCUGGUGAAUGACGAUGACGAAGACGACGACCAUGAGAGAAAUGCCGCGCAGACAAGCAAAGAGGGUUCGGAAGAGGUCAAAGGGGGAGACCCCCUCAAGGAUUUAUUGGAUCCCGAGGAUCUGGAACGGGCGGAGAAGGAUCGCAUGAAGCGUGCCUACGUUGCGUGCGAGGUCCUGUCGUCAGAGACAUGGUCGAUAUUGGAAUCCAUUCUGCUGAAUCCCGGCCAUCUACGAGACUUCUGGGGAUUCCUGAGGCGCUCGCCACCAUUGGACUCGGCCCAAGCGAGUUAUUUUACGAAAGUGAACGAAACGUUAUUCGACAAGAAAACAAGUGACAUGUUAGAGCUUUUCAAGUCAAUGGAGGGAAUUGUACCGGCAAUUCUGCAGCACGUUGACAAUCCCAUGGUCAUGGACUUGCUGCUCAAAAUCAUUAGUUUGGAGAAGGUGGAAGGUGGACAUGGCAUUGUUGAUUGGUUGAAAUCACAAGACCUCAUCCCUACCCUUCUGUCAUUUCUAUCGCCGGACCACCCCGCCUCUGUGCAGACAUCGGCUGGAGAUUUUCUCAAAGCCAUCAUCACCAUAUCGGCAAACGCAACACAGAAUGACCAAUCCUGCAUUGGUCCCAAUAGCCUCACUCGUCAGUUGGUUUCCACGCCGUGCGUGGAAAGCCUCAUCAAGGCCAUGCUGCAAGGCGGGAACCCUUUGACGGUUGGUGUUGGCAUUGUCAUAGAAGUCAUUCGGAAGAACAACUCCGACUACGACCCCGAUAACAUCAAUGGUCCGGAUUCACUACCCACGACCUACGACCCUAUCUACCUUGGUAACCUGCUUCGACUCUUUGCCAAGCACAUACCGGACUUUAUGGCGCUGAUUCAAAGCUCCAAGCACACGGUGAACGACGGGGGCAAGGUGAGGAGUGUGGAGAGAGGCAAGCUGAAUUCGGCGUGGGGUGCGAAGAUCGAGCCCCUUGGUUUUGACCGAUUCAAGACGUGCGAACUGAUGGCCGAACUACUACAUUGCAGUAAUAUGGGUCUAUUGAACGAGCCUGGAAGUGACGAGUACGUGCGACAGCGUGAUGCUGAGCGUGAAAGGCUGAUGAAGGAGGGUGUAUUCAACUCUCACCGAGAAGAGACGUCCGCUUUUGAUGGUAAUGACUCUACAGUGGACUUCGUAAAUGGAUCUGUCAUCGGCUAUGGCUCCCCAGAAGGCUCUAGGGUGCUAGAGGUCGCAAACACGGGCGAAGAAAGCUUCGAGGACGUCAGCUCAUCGGGAGUUCUUGUCGACAAGGAAAAGGACGCCGAGGUUAAAGACACGACCAGUCCUGAGUCAAAGCCUGAGCCUGCACCUUCACAACAGCCGUUGACCGAAACAUCGGGACAGGCUGCAAAUGAUACGUUAGAAAAUGGCUCUCACGACCAAGAUACAAAUGCUUCCGGCGGGGAUCAAACAUAUUCACCUUCUGAUCCUGUGUCAGCUACUGCGUCAGGAUUGGCGGAAGUCAGCCUGGAUGGCAGCCAGACGGCUGAAGCAUCAUCUGCACAGGAGACUUCUGACAUUCCUGAGGAUAAGACCACAACGCCUUCACCAUCCGAAACGGUGCAGGCUCCUGUGGAUCAACAAACUCAGCAACAGAGCUCCUCGGCGCCUGAUACUGCUGGCCAGGUCGGCGAUGCUUCCAGCUCAGCCCAAUCUGCUCCGGGGUCCGCGCACACCCAGCAAGACGAAGGUGACGUCCAGCGUCAGCUGCAUCCAGAUGUUCAGGUCGAUUCAAAUGGUAAACCCGUCGUUGGUGAUUAUCUCAAGAUCAUGUUCGUUGAGAAUCGGGUGGUGCCAACCAUCCUAGACUUCUUCUUCCGUUUCCCCUGGAACAACUUCCUGCACAAUGUUGUUUACGAUGUUGUCCAACAAGUGUUUAAUGGUCCCAUGGAGCGCGGCUAUAAUCGCAUGCUGGCGAUAGACGUGUUUGAGACCGGCCGCAUAACCCAGAGCAUUGUUGAAGGCCAAAAGCGAAGCGACGAAACGCAGCGAACCAAACAGAUCCGACUGGGGUACAUGGGUCAUUUGACCCUGAUUGCUGAAGAGGUUGUGAAGUUCAGCGAACGGCACCCGCCCGAGUUACUCUCCCCCACGGUCAUGGAGAAUGUGCUCAACCCGGAGUGGAUCGACUAUGUUGAGCAAACGCUUUCUGAAACCCGGGAGCGUGACAACGCCAUUCUUGGUGGGGUGCGCCCCGACAUGUCGAUUGGUCAUCGCCAGGGCAUGCUCAAUUCCGGCCAAAGCGUCAACACGUCGUCAGCGCUCGCCGAUGCCGGGUUAAACGGCUCGGUUGGGGGCUCGGGCUUCCAGGGCUUUGACAUGAUGAACCAGGGAAGCGUUUCCGGCGGGGCUUUCGGGCUUAGCGGCGGUAAUUCCCUGCUGAGUGGCUUCGCAAGCUCAAGCGACGACGACGAGGAUGAAGAAAUGGAAGACCAAGAUGAUAGGAAUCUGGCCGAGCAUUCUGCUGAAGGUGGCUCUGACAAUGCCUCGACCAACUCCACCAGCCAGCCAAUCCCGAUUCUUCCCCCGCCCCCUGCUCCGAUGAGCCACGGUCCAUCUCGAGCACGGCGACAACUUGCUGCCCGGCUGGCUGCCCACAAACAGCAGGCCGCCGACAACACCGAGGGGGGUGAGGAUGCGAAUCGGGAACAGUCCAACGACCAUGACCUGCAAUGGCCCACCAAUCCGUUUGUGAUUGCCGGGUUGGACGAGGACGCCGAUGGCACCAACUCGCCUGCUAGCGCUGCUUUCCCAUCGACCGAUUUCCCUCAUCCCAGCAAGGAUGAGCCUUUCUCAUCGCCUACCUUCCCCGACUCCGGCUUCAGUCCUCCUGACUCGUUCUCCACGAAUUCCUCCGACGAUGACGGCGAAGGUAGACCGGAGGGCGCACGACGCAAGGACCGGGUUCCUCUGGAGGUCGAUGAGGAGGACGACGACAUGGGGGAAAUGGUCGGGCCUUCGCUCGACGCGGGCAUGAUGGACUCUGAUGAAGAAGAUGAGGCGAUCAUGAACGAGUCCUUGGGGUAUCCGGACAUUGGAUCGGGACGUUACCGAAGCUUCCGCCGAUCCCGGAUCGGCGUCUCUCCGUUCGGUGAGGAUGAAGACGACAGUAGUGACGGGGAGGAUGACGGGCUCGUUGAGAUCCUCGUGCCGGGGCGCAAGGCUUCGACGUCGUCCACGUCUUCCCACUAGUUUGCAUGAUGCUUGAUGUCCCUUUCUGUUAUGUACGCAACGUUUUCCCUUUGGCGGUGGUUUGAUUGUGUCUCGGCCUGUUCAAUUUUGGAUUAGUUCAA